CUAUCUAAAAAGGACAGUGGUAUUGUUUCUCGUUAAAUUUUUAAACUGUUUUGAUCGUAAAUUACGUAUCAAAACUACGAUUUACACUUUAAUUGAAUCUACUCCAGUUAAGGUGAUAUUUUACCGAGUUUUUUUGGCUUUUGUGUAUUUAUUACAUUCGAAAGCAUUCUUGGUCUGUAUCAAAGUACUUUAGUUAAGGUUUGACAUCUUGCUAGAGUUUGUCUUGUGGUUCAUACUGUGAUCAUAUUGUGUGUUACACCUUGAUCAGACUAAAAUGGUUGGUAGUACCCACAAAUGUGGACAACCAAACUGUUUGUCCCCUGUGGAGAAGGGAAUGCAGUGUGACGAAUGCAAUAAAUGGUUCCACAAAAUGUGCAGCCGUUUAAGUCCCACUGCAUAUAAAAGAUGUUCAAAGCCUAACUCACAUUGGCUUUGCAUGUUUUGCUGUGCCAACAAGGCAUUGCUAAUACAGGAGGCUAUGAGCCUAUUGGCUUUGGCCUGUAAGAAGAAUGAUGGCAUAUGGGCCGACAACACGGGCACUGAUAGUGACGAAUGUGUCAGUGUUGUUACGCGACGCCUCAAACAACCGACUCUGGCCAACGUAAAAGUGAAAUCUUCGUUGAUAUUAACAGGGGGAGUAGUACCACCUAGUACUGACAUUGUUAAUAAUGCACCUUUAGUGGGAACCGAAGAUCUGGAUAAAACAGUCACCGUUCCAAAUAGUCCCAGUGUUAUGAGGGAUUAAAAAUGGACUACGAUACGUAGGAAACGAAACGAAAAGAAAAAAGCUGUAAGCAGUACACAGGUGGUUAGUAACUCACUGGUGGACUGAAAUUGUGAGCCACAAAUCGCACUACCAAGAUCUGAUCGUAAGAGUGAAACCCACCCUGGCGUAACUGAGAAGAAAAAUCUAAUAACAUCGAAUAUUAUUGUGAGCAAAUUGCGGGAGUCAAAUGACCCUGAUCCGAAAGUUAGACACGCGCAUGACUUGGAAAAGCUAGGAGAAUACAUUCGUAGUAUUUUACCAGAUAACUCCAAAGGAGUUCAGGUUAAAAAGUUGGUAAGAAUAGGCAAGAGGACCGAGGACAAUGUUGAACCCCGUCCAUGCAGACUCCUUAAGGUAAUCCUAGGAUCGGAGAAGCAACGGGAUCUCUUGUUAAGUAGCGC